UCGGCGAGCUGUGAAUUUAGAGGGUCUCUCUCCACCGGGGUGUUAAGAUAGCACACUUCAACGACGGAAGGGACGUCGCUGAUAUUAGAAGGAGAAAGAAAAAAACAACCCACACUUUUCAUCAACUAACCGCUGGAUACAUAACUCGCCUUGGGACUGGAUUAAUAUUAAGUCGACUUUUUUAGUUUUUCUUUUUAAUUUGCUUUAGAAGACACCCGAACUCUUCGAAGACAAUGGGAUCCCAGACAUCCACUGCCGCGGAGGCGAACGCUGCUGCCGCUGAUGCUGCAGCUGUCAAAACCAACGGACAGGAGAACGGACACGUGAAAACCAACGGUGAUGUCUCCACUAAGCCUGACGGGGACGCCGCCGCCACCAACGGUUCGGCCGAGGCGGCCAAGGAGCCCGAAGCCGGGGUGGGAGGCGACGCCAUCGAACCGGCGCCCGCCGCAGACGGGGAGGCCGCCAAGCCUCAAGGCGAGGCCGCCGCCAAGGAGACCCCCAAGAAGAAGAAGAAGAAGUUCUCCCUGAAGAAGUCCUUCAACAUCAAGCUGAACCUGAAGAAGAGCAAGAAGAGCGAGGCUGUGAAGGAAGAGGCUGCCGCCACCACCCCCGACACCGCCGCCGCCACCUCUGAGGAGAAGCCGGCUGAAAACGGAGCCGCUGCCGCCGCCGCUGCUCCCACAGAGGAGAAGAAGGAGGAGGCGAAGGAAGAGGCGAAGGAGGAGGCCGCGGCCGAGGCUCCGAAGGCGGAGGAGGGGGCGGCCAAGGAGGAGGCACCCAAGGAGGAGACCAAGGAGGCCGCCGCUCCGGCCCCUGAAGCCGCCAAACCCACGGAGGAGAGCAACUCGACCCCCGCCCCCUCUGAAAAGAAAGAGUGAUUGUACGUUGAGCUCACGAUGAACUGGGUGAACUGUUUUUCCAAGAGAGAGAAAGAAAAAUUUAAGAGUAUAUAUAUAUAUAUUUAUAUAUAUGUGUAUAUGUACACAUAUGUAUAUGGAUAUAUGUAUAUGUAAAUAUAUACACAUGUAUGUGAAAGACUCCUUCGACGUGCCACUUUUCGUCAUGAUAACAAGACGACAGACUAGAUUCACUAGAUCACCUCCCUGGUUACAGCUCGACAUCUGGACGUUGGACUGGGUUGUUUCUGUUUUUUUAGGCAGCGGGUCGGUCGCCGUGCAGAGAACUGGAUUUAACCGGGCGCGAAGCGGAGCCGCGAUUGGGCGAAUGAAGGACGGACGGACGGAUGGAGAAAGAUGGAGCCGAGGCGUCUUUUCCUCAAAUCAACCACAGCUGAAGACGCCUCCCAAGCUGAAGGAAUGAAGCUAAAUACGAUACUAGGACACCACCACCACUUGAAAUGACUGUUAAAUAGAAGAAAAGAAAAAAAACAAAAAGGAAAAAAAAAAACCUACAAAAAAAUGUGAAAUCAGAAAAUUAAAGAGACUCGUCAACUUUUUACAUUCCUAUAUUUUAACCCAAAUUUGAAGUAUUUUGUGGUGUAUUAUAGAGAACCAUCUUAAAGAUUCAGAGAAGCUAUUUCUCGUUUGCUAAAAAGAAAAGUAAAUAGACAGUUUUGAUUUUUACCGUACUAUGAAAGAAGAAGAAGAAGAAGAAGAAGAAAAAAAAAAAGAACACUUAAGCUUGCUAUGUUCACUGUUGCGGUUUGAUAUGAUGCAGAGUUGUUUAUCUGUCGUGUGUGAGCCUGAAUCUGCUUUGUCUCUGUAAAUACGUUGGAUUGAUUUCUGUUCUUUAUUUUGCUAAUGUUGACAGAUGUUACUGGUUUUAUUGUAAAGUUGAUAAUGGUAAAUAAAUGUUGGGUACCUGCCUGUU